AUGAUGCAACAGGUCAUUGGGUCUAAUGCAAAGAUUAGUGAGAGAGUAGAUGCACAUGACUCGGCGAUCAAGAAUAUUGAAAUGCAAAUGGGCCAAAUUUCGAUGUCUCUAAACAAUCGCCCUCAUGGAACACUACCCGCAGAUACCCAGGUAAAUCCAAAAGAUCAAGUCCCGAAGCAGUUGAUGGCGGUGAGCUUACGUAAUGGCAGAGAUUUGGAUGUAGAGCAAGAAAGGGAUCGAGAAGCCAGCGAAGCUGAGACACUUAUAUUAGUGCCCAUAGAGUUGGAUGAAUCAACGAAACUAACAGAAGUGACAGUCCAGCCUGCCCAGGAAGAAGGUAGCAUUCAAAUUGAGACCGAGAAAGAAGCUGAAAUAGUAAACAUUCCCUUAAUUGAUGCUUUGAAAGAGAUGCCUGGGUAUGCAAAAAUGAUGAAGGACUUAAUGUCCCGAAAAUUUGAUUUCCAAGACUUAGCCACAGUUACUCUCACCCAGACCUGUAGUGUAGUGGUGACUAGACCAAUUGCAGAAAAGCUAUCUGACCCAGGGAGCUUUACAAUCCCAUGCACUAUUGGCGAUUUUGCCUUUACUAAAGCACUGACAGUAAAGCGACCAUCUGGUAUUCUGGAUGAUGUGUUGAUUCAGGUAAGGAAAUUUGUGUUCCCUACAGAUUUUGUAAUCUUAGACUGUAAAGUAGAUGAAGAGAUUCCCAUAAUUUUGGGAAGACCAUUACUGGCAGCGGGGAGAGCUUUAAUCGAUUGUGAAACUGGGGAGUUAAAGAUGAGGUUGAACGAUGAAGAAAUAACAUUCAACGUGCAUAAAUCUAUGAGGCGACCAAGUGAAUUUGCCAAUUGCUCUUUUAUAGAUGUCGUGGAGGUAAUUGUAGAGACCGAUGAUGAACUGCUGACUAUUGAAGACCCCCUUGCUACGUGUCUAAUGAACUUUGAUGAGGUAAACGAAGAAGAACUGGUUAGAUUGGUAAUGUCAUUAGAAGGUAGAGGGUUCUGGGAUAGAACACUUGAAUUUGAGCCCUUGCACUUGGAGAAUAGAGAAGCUCCUCCAGCCAAGCCAUCAAUCGAAGAACCACCAAAGUUGGAGUUAAAUCCAUUGCCAGCCCAUCUCAGGUACUUAAAGAGUGCAAGACUGCUAUUGGGUGGACCAUGGCAGACAUAA